AUGGCUCCCUCUCGGGAAUCAUCGUCGCUAUCCUCUCUUUCCCCUCCUCCAGAGGAUAUCAGAUCCCAAACAAGCCAUGACAGUCCAGCCCAGGAGGCUGAGGCCGAAGUUGAGCUCGUGGCUAAGACUGCUGGCAAUAGACGAGGGCAGAAGCGCAAGGUAGAGACUACCCUGAAGAAUUCCAAGCGCGUGAAGAAGGCAAUCAAAUACGAAGAGGACGCCGAAUCUGAGGCUAAGGAGCCGCCCAAGCACAAGGGACUGUCUACAAAGAAGGCGAGGGUAGAGGAAGCUUCAGUUGAUGAAGUCAUGGCCGAAGCUGAAGAAGGUAAUGACGGUGGCGCGAAAGUCAAGAAAGUGCAGCGCAAGCGCACCACGAGCAAGAAACAGACCAAUCUUGCCGCCCUCGAGCAGAGGACUCUGGAUACUAAACUUCGCGUUGGUGCGCAUAGUCAGCGCAAAUGGGACAAUCCCCCAAUGGAUCCCGAGCAUGGAGCACUCUUCAUCGACGGCUGCAAGAAACACGGCAUCGAUCCCGCUGAUUCUUGUCUACCACACGGCUCCUACCUUGUCAACCUUGCACAUCCAGAGGAAUCACGAAAGAAACAAGCCUACGACUCCUUCCAUGACGAUCUGACUCGAUGUCACAAGCUUGGUAUUCGUCUCUAUAACUUUCAUCCCGGCAACUGCAAUGCCACGACUCGCGAAGAUGGCAUCCGUCUCAUCGCCGAACACAUCAAUACCGCGCACAAAGACCCCGCCACUGGCUCCGUAGUCGCCGUCUUGGAAACCAUGGCCUCACUCGGCAACACCAUCGGCGGGACUUUCAAAGACCUCGCUGAAGUCAUCAACUUGGUAAACAACAAGAAGCGUGUAGGUGUCUGCCUCGACACGUGCCAUAUCUUUGCUGCAGGAUACGAUCUCCGAACCCCAGAUGCUUACGCAGAAACUAUGAGCACAUUUGACGAGGUCAUUGGAUUGAAGUAUCUGAAAGCACUGCAUAUGAACGAUAGCAAAUCGCCCUUCACCUCAUAUCGCGAUCUCCACGCCCAAAUCGGCACUGGCUAUCUCGGUCUCCGCGCAUUCCACAACAUCGUCAAUGAUGAGCGUCUUCAUGGGCUACCUAUGGUCCUGGAGACUCCUAUUGAUUCGAAGGAUGGGAAGGGAAAGAAGAUCGAGGAUAAGAGUAUCUGGGCACGCGAAAUCAAGUUAUUGGAGAAGUUGGUGGGUAUGGAUGUUGAGAGCGAAGAGUUCCAGAAAUUGGAAGCUGAACUACAGGAUCGGGGCAAGUCGGAGAGGGAGAGGGUUGGAGAUCAGGUUGAGAGGAAGAAGGCGAAGGCUAAGGGCAUGAAAGAGAAGGGCAAGGGAAAAGCGAAGAGCAAGAAGGCGGAUAGCGAGGACGAGACUAGUGAUGAGGAGUGA